ACAAAGUGCGUAACCUCGAUCAGUGUACUUAUCACUUUUAUUUUUCUUCCUUACUUUGUCGACAUCGUUCAUUCUAAAAGCACAAAUAUCAUUCGAGUUACAUAUUUCUCAACUCACCAACAGCAUAUUUAACGAGCACAAGAUUUCCGUUUCAUUGUGUUGUGCUCAGAGAAGGGGUGUCUACUGUAGUAAACUACUGACUCGUGAGGUUUAGUCAGCGUAGCUGACAUAUUUUACUGCUGGGUGAUUUUCUCCUGUCAGAUGUAUCACUCUUCGAGGAGAAGGAGACAAUACCAUAUUAACACACUAACUGGGGCAUUUAACUGAUGAAGAUUUUUAGUUGAUAAUUUAUUAGUUUGGCAAGAUGGCAAGGUUCAAAAGUGUAGUUUUGAUGCUGUUGCUGGUGCUGAUUGGAGGAUCGAAUUGCCUACACAGGACACUUGAUUAUACCUUUAACGAAGGCUGUAAAGAUCUUUGUAAAAAUUCAAAAGUAAAACUUGGGCAUGUCAGAGCAACAGGAUCGAAUGACACAUUGCACUACAUCUGGGAUUUCACAAGAAAUCCAACUAUAUUUAUCGCUGUCACAUCGACAACUGCAAAAUUGGUUGUUGAUUGGAAUAAAUACGUAUCUAGAUUACCACACGCAGUGAAAUUUACUGAGAAGCCCAUGUACACAUUUGGGAUUGUCAUUGAAAGGUUACUCGAAUUUAACGAUAUUCAUGAUGAUGGCAGAAUGGACGAAAUACUCGAUUCAAAUGUAGUUGAAGUGAACUUCCAGAAUUUCCAAUGGCAUCACAAAAAUUUGACUCACCAUGACAGUUUUGUUGAGUUUUAUAUCCAAGCUAGUGAUUACAAAGAUCUAAAUACAAAUGAAACGAGAAAUGGAACUAUUGAAUUCUUGUUGCAAGGGUUCAGCACCUUAAAUCAUUCCUCCGUUACACCUAAAAUGUUGCAUUCUGAAAAUGCCACACAAAUGGAUGUAACCAUUGAUCAUUUGGAUACAAAAGCAAACUUUACUAGUAGUAGAUUUGCGUUUGAAUUAUUAUUCGUAAGUGAGAACGAUUUAAACUGCACGUUACUUGCCAAUGGAAAGUGGAAAUUAGAUGAUGAAUUCACACCCGGUAUAUUUGAGAUCGUUGAGUUGAUUACAUCAGGAGCUCACGACAAAUCCGGAUACUUGCAAUGGAGGCCAGUUUCCUACAAAAAUUCUAACCGGGAAACUGUCAAGUCAACCAGCACUGUCUCUUACCCUGUUAAAAAUGCUAGUGUUAAUGAGUUCUUUAAUCGUGACAAUUUCUUGUACUUAUACUAUGGAGAGGACAAAAUGUUGGAUAACCUUGUCCAAAGAGUAAAUAUUUCGAUCGGAGAAAAAGGAGAUGGCUUUUACAAGGCAUCUAAUUAUGCCACAAUGACUUUUGUUGCUGGAUAUGGAGCCCCACCAGAUGAAAGAUUCUCAUUUGUUGUGAUGCUCAUCAUUGCCAUUGGCAUUGGUAUACCUGUAUUGGUUUUUUUAACUACAGGAGUUUAUAAGAUUAUGCGCUCACGAAGACGACGUGAUAAUGAACUGAUCAUAGAAUAAAAAAAGGUCGAAAGUUGCCAUUUUAUUUCUGUUAAUUAACUUUAACUAUUAUCAUUGAAACGUUAGUUUGAUAAAAUAAACUGAUUGUUCUCUGUUGCAUCGAAAAUCUAAGAAAUUUAGUGUAUAAGAUUGAGUUAUUUUUAAAUUUUUACAUAACAAUUAUACUACAAAUGGUUAAUAUUUAUUUGAGAAAUUUCUGUGGAUAUGUUGUAUUGUUUUGAUUUUUGAUUGAUACGAUAGAAUAGUUUCAAAUAUUAUUUUGUAGGCUAUAACACUCAAGCAAUUACCGACAGUGUCCUUUGCUAUAAAUAUACUAGUAUGUUUUGAAAGUUGCAUGUUAAUCUAGUAUAAAACGAGUUAAAUUUUAUAUAUUUUUUUAAUAGCACACUGAAAAAUAUAAGCACUGCAUUUAUAGUUAAGCAAGUGCUUGUGUGGUGAUAAAUUUUUAUUGAAGAACUCGUUCCUAUGUGUAUAAAAUAAUGAUUGUUAUACAUUUUUUUACUAAAACAAAUUUGUGUGAAAUUGGAUUUCCACAAAUAUAUCUUGUACAAUUAAUCAAAUUUUAAUUUUUACGAGUAUCAAUUAAAGUGACGACUAGAAUGUAAUUUUGAAAUUUCACUAUGAAUCCUUUUUAUUUCAAAACCAAUCGAAAUUAUUUUAUAAAAUGACUCAACCUUUAAGAAUAAUGUUUAAUCAA